AUGGCGGCUGCUGACAGACAGAGCAUGGCCGCCGGUCACUGCAUGCUGCUCCUCGCACUGCUCUGCUCCCCAGUCACCGCUCUGGAUCCAUACUCCGUGGGAGCCGCCAUCCUGGGCACGGGCUCGGUGCUGAUCAAAGCCCUCCCGGGAUCACAGUACUUCAUGAGCCGCUCCUGCGGGGAGGAAACGCCGUUCAGCGGUUACGAUCUGGAAAAAGAACUUAAUGAGAAACUUUUUGGGCAACACUUGGCUCACAAACUGGUCCUGCAGUCACUGAGAGGUUUUAUGAAAAAUAAAAACCCCCGAAAGCCUCUGGUAAUGUCUUUUCAUGGUUGGACUGGCACUGGCAAGAACCAUAUUACCUCAAUCGUGGUAAAAAACAUUUUUAAGUUAGGCAUGGCGAGUGAGUCUGUACAUUUUUUUGUGGUCACUUUACAUUUUCCUCACGAGGACCACGUCCGACUACACAAGGACCAACUGAAGUCAUGGAUUCAAGGCAAUGUCUCAAGGUGUGAACGGUCCAUAUUUAUAUUCGAUGAAGCGGACAAACUACACCCAGAACUUAUUCGUAUGAUGAAAUCAUUUUUGGACAAUUAUAACAAUAUAGAUGGUGUGUCGUAUCGCAGAGCAAUCUUCAUUUUUAUCAGUAAUUUAGGAGGAGACUUGAUUAACCAAAAGAUGUUGAAAUUUUGGAAAGCUAAAAAAAAAAGAGAAGAAUUGGUGUAUAGCGACUUUGAAGAUAUGUUGUCAAGUGAACUAUUCAACAAUAAUGAAAGUGGAUUUCGGCAGAGUGAAAUUAUUGCUAAGGACAUUAUUGAUAUAUACGUCCCCUUUCUACCACUGGAGUUUAUACACGUGAAAAAUUGUGUGCUGGCAGAGCUAAAACGUAUGGGCUUGCCUGAAGAUGAGACACUGGCAAUGGAAAUAGCCGAGGACGUGGGUUAUUUCCCAAAAGAGGAGAGAAUAUUCUCAACCAAAGGGUGCAGGUCUGUGGGGAAAAAACUGGACCAGCUCCUCUAA